AUGAAUGUCUCAGGAAUCAACACAGUAACUGAAUUCGUACUCCUGAGCUUUCCCUGCUCCAGAGAGGUUCAGGUCCUCCUUUUCAUGCUCUUCUUUGUGUCCUAUAUCCUGACCCUGAUGGGAAAUGGGGCCAUCAUCUGUGCAGUGAAAUUGGACCACAGGCUCCAUACCCCCAUGUACAUCCUGCUGGCCAACUUUUCAUUCCUGGAGAUCUGCUACAUCAAUACUACUGUUCCCAAUAUGUUAGGGAAUUUCCUCUCUGAAACCAAAACCAUCUCUUUCACAGCCUGCUUCCUCCAAUUCUACUUCUUCUUCUCAAUGGGCACCACUGAGACCUUCUUACUGCCCCUCAUGGCUUUUGAUAGGUACAUGGCUAUCUGCCGGCCUCUCCAUUAUCCUACCAUUGUAAGCAAUCGUCUCUGCAUGAACUUGGUGGCCCUCUGCUGGGUAACAGCAUUCCUCUGCUAUCCAGUCCCCAUCUAUUUUAUCACACAACUCCCCUUUUGUGGCCCCAACACCAUUGACCAUUUUCUCUGUGACCCUGGUCCUCUUCUGGCCCUGUCCUGCACCUCUGCACCUGGAAUUGAGCUCUCCUGUUCUCUGUUGAGCUCACUUAUUAUCUUCGUCACCUUCUUCUUCAUACUUGCAUCCUACAGCCUGGUUCUCAGAGCAGUGUUACGCGUCCCUUCAGCAUCUGGCAGAAAGAAAGCCUUUUCCACCUGCGGUUCCCACUUAGUUGUGGUGUCUCUGUUCUAUGGAACUCUUAUGGUGAUGUACAUCAGUCCAACCUCUGGAAAUCCAGCUGGGAUACAGAAGAUUGUCACCUUGUUCUAUUCCUCAGUGACCCCACUUGUGAACCCACUGAUCUAUAGUCUCCGUAACAAAGACAUGAAGGCUGCCUUGAAAAAAAUCCAGAUAUGCACAAAAACUGAUCAAAGUGAAUGA